ACAAAAAAUUCUAAACAGGAAGUUUAUUAAUAACCGCAGAUUCACACAUUACAGUGUUAGCGGAUUCAGUGGACUGAGUUACAGUCAUAUUUAACUCAGCUGCUGUUCUAAACAUUAAUUUACAAUUUGCUGGACUGAAAGGAAACAUGUAUAGCUGCUUUUUUUGGGAGAGAAAACUUUUUUUUAGCUGAGACUGAAAAUUUUAAUUUUAGAGAAAGUUUUUGGUUUUAACAUUAAUAAUAUUUUAUGAUUUUUACACAGACAUACAUUUCUGAAUGAAGUUCCAUCGGUGGUCAUGUAAAAGUUUGUCUUUUUUUUUUUUUUUUUGAUCCGUGUGUGUGUUAGUUAGCUUAGCUGCUAGCUGGUUCUUAGAUUGAUGUGUACAUGUGUGUAAAUGCGGUGUGUUUUCCAGCUGUGAAGUCAUACCGAAGAUCCUCAAAAGUUUUUGUAGGUCGCUCUUAAAAGUUAUUUAAAGUCGAUGUUUUUAAUCCAGCAGCAGUAGUGUGAUUUCUGUAACAGUGUGUGUGUGUGUCUGAGUGAGAGAGAGGCUUGCUAAAGCGUGUGUUUCAGCUCUGUGGUUGUGAUUUCUUUUUUUUUAUUUCUGUGAGAGAAAGUGAGGAGAGAUUAGCUCAGUGCUAACCGACUCACCGAGGACCUGACUGUAGUGAAAAAGGAAGAGUUAAAAAGUUUUUGGUUGGAUUCACAACUUUAAUUGAUGAUCAAGGACACUGAAAUAUUACCUCAGCUUUGGUGUGUGUAUGUUUGAGCUGGAACAUUUCCACAGGGAUAUAAACUCAGGAGCAGAUUAGCGGAAGGCUGAUGGGAGACUGUGAGGCAGAGCUGGAGCCGAGUCUGCGCUCACUGCUCGGGUUCAGCCACUAAACCAGGACAAGGACCGAAAAGAAAAAAGACAAAGCGGAUAAAGAAAUAUACUUAUUUUCUUCCCGUGGUAUUUUGUCGUCAGCACGGUUCACCAUGGCAGGUGGGGGAGGAGCGGCCCCUCCACUGUGGUAUCACCGGGACCUGAGCCGCGCCGCCGCCGAGGAGCUGCUGGCCCGAGCCGGCCGAGAUGGGAGCUUCCUGGUCCGGGACAGUGAGAGCGUGAGCGGCGCCUACGCCCUGUGUGUGCUAUACCAGAAGCAUGUUCACACAUACCGAAUCCUACCUGAUGAGGAGAACUUCCUAGCGGUGCAGACAUCUCAGGGAGUGCAGCCGAAGAGGUUUAAGACGUUACCUGAGCUGAUUCAGCUCUACCUUCAGCCUAAUCAGGGUCUUGUCACCACCCUGCUCCUACCCGUGGAGAGAGAGGAAUGUAUGGACGAGAGAGACUACUCGGAUGGGGAGGAUGAGAAACCGCCCCUUCCACCUCGCACUGGCUCCUGUAGCUCUGCCCUUGUCAGUAUAGACAUGCCCACAGAGAGUGUGUCAGUAGGGAAUGGGUUGAGUACAAUCUCUCAUGAGUAUCUGAAGGGCAGCUAUGCGUUGGAUUUGGAAGCAGUGAAACAGGGAGCAAGCAGUCUGCCUCACCUCAACAAAACACUGGUGUCAUCCUGCAAACGCCUGCAUGGAGAGGUGGAUAAGGUGUUGUCUGGAUUGGAGAUCCUGUCUAAGGUGUUUGAUCAACAGAGUGCCUCCAUGGUGUCUAGGAUGAUUCAGCAGUCUGUGAGUCAGGGUGGAGAUCAGGAGCUGGAGAAUCUUGUCACUAAACUGGCCAUCCUCAAAGACCUACUGUCCUCCAUAGAGAAGAAGGCUUUGAAGGCUCUACAGGAUAUGAGUGUGUCAUCUCCUCUCGCCCCCCUGACACGCCACAGCAAGGCCAUUCCUGUCCAGGCCUUCGAGGUGAAGCCGGACAUGUACCUGGCUGAACUGGCUAAAAUAGGGAAAAGUCAGAAACACACACUCAGCGUGGACGUGGAGGCGGGAAAGCUGGUGGUGAUGAAGAAAGUGAAGGACACACAGGAGGACUGGACCACCUACACCCAUGACAAGAUCAGACAGCUGAUAAAGUCACAGAGAAUGCCAAAUAAACUGGGCAUCGUGUUUGAGAAGGAGAAAGACAAGAGCCAGAGGAAAGACUUCAUCUUCCCCAGUGCUAAAAAAAGGGAAGCGUUCUGCCAACUGCUGCAGCUGAUGAAGAACAAACAUUCCGACCAGGACGAGCCGGACAUGAUUUCCAUCUUUAUAGGGACAUGGAACAUGGGCAGUGUUCCUGCUCCGAAGGCCAUUGGUUCCUGGCUCUUAUCUCGAGGUUUGGGUAAAACUCUGGAUGAGAUGACGGUCACUAUUCCUCACGAUAUCUAUGUGUUUGGCACUCAGGAGAACUCAGUGUGUGAUAAGGAGUGGGUGGAGAACCUGCGAGCUGCGCUUAAAGACUAUACCGAGAUCGACUACAAACUGAUUGCUGUACAGACUCUGUGGAACAUAAAGAUUGUAGUUUUGGUGAAGCCGGACCAUGAGAACCGGAUCAGUCAUGUCGGGAUGUCCAGCGUCAAAACAGGAAUUGCCAACACACUGGGUAAUAAAGGGGCUGUGGGCGUGUCCUUCAUGUUUAACGGAACAUCAUUUGGCUUUGUGAACUGUCAUCUGACGUCUGGGAAUGAGAAGAUCCACAGGCGUAACCAGAACUAUCUGGACAUCUUGCGUCAGCUCUCACUGGGAGACAAACAGCUCAACUCCUUCGACAUCUCACUGCGCUUCACACACCUGUUCUGGUUUGGUGAUCUCAACUACAGACUCGACAUGGACAUACAGGAAAUCUUGAACUACAUAAACAGGAAGGAGUUUGAGCCGUUACUGAAGGUGGACCAGCUCAAUCUGGAGAGGGAGAAGAACAAGGUCUUCCUCCGCUUCGCGGAGGAGGAGAUCAUGUACCCCCCCACAUACCGGUAUGAGAGAGGAUCCCGAGACACCUACGUCUGGCAGAAGCAGAAAGCCACAGGGAUGAGGACGAACGUGCCGUCGUGGUGUGACCGGAUCUUGUGGAAGUCUUAUCCAGAAACGCACAUCAUCUGUAACUCCUACGGUUGUACAGACGACAUUGUCACCAGUGAUCACUCACCUGUGUUUGCGUCAUUUGAGGUGGGCGUGACCUCACAGUUUGUCUCGAAAAAAGGUUUGCCUAAAUCGUCAGAGCAGGCGUAUAUUGAGUUUGAGAACAUCGACGCCAUUGUUAAGACGGCCAGCAGAACCAAGUUCUUUAUUGAGUUCUAUUCCACAUGUCUGGAAGAGUUUAAGAAGAGUUAUGAGAAUGACUCUCAGAGCAGUGAUAAUAUAAACUUCCUGCGUGUGAGCUGGUCCUCAAAGCAGCUGACCACACUCAAACCCAUCCUGUCUGACAUCGAGUAUCUGCAGGACCAACACCUGCUGCUCACUGUCAAAUCCCUCGAUGGAUACGAGUCCUACGGAGAAUGUGUGUUGGCACUGAAGUCAAUGAUUGGCAGUACAGCUCAGCAGUUCCACACAUAUCUGUCUCACCGCGGUGAAGAGACCGGCAACAUCCGUGGCUCCAUGAGGGUCAGAGUACCUUCUGAGAGAAUGGGGACCCGAGAGAGACUCUACGAGUGGAUCAGCGUGGAUAAGGACGAAACCGGAGGGCCGAAAGGGAAAACACUGCCCUCUAGAGCCGGACACGAUUACAUUAAGCCCACACCGAGCAGGAAGGAGCUGAGUAAAGUUUCCGAGGAGGGAGAGAGAAACACUACAGGACGACCCGCAUACACACACACUACUGCUAAAGAAGAUAACACACAGAUCAGAUCGAAGCAGACGGAGUCUGCAGAUGGAGAUGCCACCACAUGCAAAAAUAGCUUCAACAACCCUGCCUACUACAUCCUUGAGGGUGUUCCUAACCAAUCAGCUGCCUUGGCUGCAGACCUGCUUCCAGGCUCUGACCUCUCUCUGCCGGCUGCAGCCAAAUUGCCUCCCCCUGCAGGUGGUGCUGGAAAAGGUAAAGGUUCCAUCCAAGCACAUAAACAAAUGGGCAGCCGCCCCCCGCGGCCCAUCAGCGAGGAGGGGGGAUCCUCUGAGGAAGAUGGAAGUUCCGGGUUGACCCGCCCACCUCCAGACUUCCCACCCCCACCCCUCCCUAAAAGUGCGCUUGAUGUGUCGGACGCCUCGUUUUUCCCAAAAGAGAACAAAACUCGGCUACACCCCGAUCUGGCAGACAUCAAGAUUCCAGCAACCAUUUCCUCCAAGCCUCUCUCCUCACCCAGCUUUGCCCCACCCCCUACAGGAGGCGGAGCUUUCUGUCUGGACUCUUCGCCAGGGCCCUCAGCUUUCAGAAGAGGGGGCGGGACUUCGGGAGCUGACGACCAGUCUUGUUCAGUACUUCAUCUGGCCAAGAAACUGAGCGAAGUGGAAUACGUGGCCGGGGCGGGAGGUGUUGGAGGGGUGGGACUUAAAGGGGGCGGAGCCGUCCACGGUCGAGGUUUGGGAUUUAGUGAAAGCUGUCGCACUUUUCCCCCUCGCUCCAUCCCAGAAGAGAUCAUGGCUGAGGACCUGCCUGAGGAGGCUCUGUGGCAGGGUGGUAGCAGCAGUAGCAGUCUGUCAGUGGACUCCAGUGUGGGUGAGUGGCUGCAGAGACUGGGACUGGAGCGUUACGAGGAGGGACUACUGAGGAACGGCUGGGACGACCUUGAGUUCCUCAGUGACAUCACUGAGGAGGACCUGGAGGAGGCGGGUGUUCUAGACCCCGCUCACAAGAAGAUCCUAUUGGCCAGUUUGAGACAGCAGCAGCCGCAAAAGUGAGGAGAAAAACUGCAGCAUCACUAACAUUACCUUCAUCCUCCGUCUUCAUCUUCCUUGUAAACAGUGUUUAAAGAAAUGUUGACAUUUUAGACACACAUUUUCAGUACAGGCCUGUGGUUGGGGAUCAACUUCCUGCUUCCUGACAGGAGCAAGUGACAUCAACAGAGUAUGUCUGAGAGCUUUAUCUACAUUCCUUAUGUUUUCUCUGUUGGGGAUUGGCUUAUUUAUUAGUGUUAUGAUUUUAAUAAAGAAAAGGGAAAGAAAGAAGCCAAAUUCAGUGAAUGAUUAUUAGUUUAUAAACUUUAUUGUGUGUGUGUGUGUGUGUGUGUGUGUGUGUGUGUGUGUGUGUGUGUGUGUGUGAGAGAGAGAGAAAGGACACUUGGAUGUUCUCCUUUGUAAUGUGUAUUAAAUUGUGUGUGUGUGUGUGUGUGUGUUUUCUGAGACAUUUCUAGAGUUCCUCUGAAUACACUUGGCUUCUUUGUGGCUUGUCUUUCUGUUUUCUGGAACUUUCUAAAAGCUGAACACUAGCGUUAAUGUUUGUGGGAGACGUGUGGUUUAUAAAAGACCAACACAAUUUGAAUGCUAAAUAUGUGGGAGCAGCGCAGUAAUGGGAAAAUGUCUUUUUUUAACGCACAUAUUUUUAUGUUAAUAAACUCCAUGUGAUCUGGAGUUACCGGAAGUAGCCACCAGACGGCGCCGCAGAUAUUUUUUAAGGGAUUCAUGUGUGUAAUGAUGCAGUCAGUGCAGUGGAGGUGAAAACUGACCCUGGAUCAGUCACUGGAUCUGUAAAAAUGGGAUAAAAUGUGAGUGAGAAAAGCGUUGAGUGUUUGUUCAGGAUUAAAUUUAUAAUAAAAUCUGUUUAACGUUAAAUUAACUAACACAUCACACAUGACAGUCUAAAAGUCUAAUGUACAUUACCGUGUGUGUGUAUAAGAAUUGUGCCAUGUUUUAAUUUUUAAACACUUUUCGCUUUGUGUUCAGUUUAUGUCGCUGUUUGUAACUUUGUUUUUGUUAAUGACUUUAAGUUAAUAAUUGUGAAUUUGCGUAGAAUGACGUAAUGUGAAUAAAAACUAAGGACUGACGUCACGGCGUCCUGUGAUGGGUCGGGGUCUGAAUAUCAAAGUGUGGAUGAAAUUCUUACUGUGAAUUUUAUUUAUCGACUUCUGACCGAGACACUUUUACAGUAGAAGAAAACAGGGAAUUGUAAAGAGGAGCUUGGACAGUUAAAGGUACUUAGAACCCUCUCUGAAUGGGAAACUGUCUGUUACAGAGUUCUUCACAGUUCUCCCUGAGAGACAAUUCUAGAUUUAACCCGUCUUUAUAACAGUGAAUAGACUUUAGUGGAGUUUAAUAUGCUCACUGUGUAACACUGAGUUGUGUAUUUAUUAUAUAA